AUGCUAGAGGCGAACCCUACAUUGAUUCAGCCUGGCCCACCAGGACCCACAUCUCGAGCCCCAUUGGUUCUCAUUCAUGAUGGUAGUGGGCUCAUAUCAAGCUACUUUUGGCUCGGCUCACUUAGCCGGAAAGUUUUUGGAAUUUUUAACCCACGUUUCGAAGGAGGCGGAAAGUGGGAUGACGGUGUUCCCGAAAUAGCGCGAGAGUACGCACUCAUGAUCAAAUCAGUAAUUCCUAAAGGAAGAAUACUACUCGGAGGCUGGUCUUUUGGGGGCCUGUUAUCACUGGAGAUUGCACGUUGUCUGCUUGAGGACUCGAACGUCUCUGUCAUCGGGUUGAUUAUGAUAGACUCUCCUUAUCCAAGAUCAAGCAUCAGCGAAUUCGAAAACUUCUCCGACGAGUUUUUUGCACCUGAAGGCAGCAACCCCGCCCUUCAGCUCAAGCUGCAGCAGUGCAUCCAAACCGCGCGUCAAAUGAUCCGUGACUGGGAUCCACCAAGUUGGCAUGUUGGCAGCAGUAUCUUUCAAGAGUCGAAAGAGGCGUCCGAAAAUAUCUCCCCUCUAAAUGCUUCACUUGUAGCCAUGCCGCUCUCUGUCCCACCUUCCCCGCCCCCAGCAAUUUUGCUCAAGGCAGCCGAAUAUGUACCAAAUCAGGAUGGGACGACGAAUGGCAUUGAUGUUUACCGCAAAGAAAAACGUCUAGGAUGGGAAAACUAUGAGCACAACUUCAUUCGAGUGGCUCUUGACAUCAAAGGCAACCAUUACAGUGUUUUCGCACAAGAAAAGGCUCAACAGCUGACAACUAAGAUGAACAUGGCGUGCGCAAUGCUUGAUCCGCGUUGUUGAAAGACUGUGAUGUGUCAUGUGGGAGAUGAAGGCUGGGCUGAGAAACAUCCGUAAAUUUCGACCUCGUCAUUUGAACGAGGCUGUGAAACUGCUAGAACAAAAAAACACAGGGGAUGCGUGAAAUCAAACAUUGAUGCAGAAUAAAAACAAGAAAACAACCUCG